AUGCCUUCAUUAAUCUCACCAGAACCAUCCGUUCUUUCAACUUGGAAGAGGCCGGCGCCAACCAAAGUUGACCUUCCGUGGGCGGACAUCUCUAUAAUUGAUAUCUCAACUUUUGAUGAACCAGGAGGAAAGGAAAAGCUUGCGGAGCAGCUUCAACAUGCUGUUGAAACAACCGGCUUCUUUAGCAUAAUUGGCACAGGUUUUACGGAUGAGGAAGUGACGAGGCAGUACAGCAUUGGACAAGCGUUUAUGAAUCUGCCGAAAGAUAUCAAGGAUAAGCCGGAGCUGAGAUGUGAUUUUGGAAAGGGGAAUUAUUUCGGGUAUCGAGCGGCAAGUUUGAAAAAAAUCAUUUGA